UUUAUGCGGAUGAUGUUAGGCUGUUUCGUAUCGUACGUAACACUUCAGACUCUCUUUCUCUGCAAAGAUCGAUUGAUGUUUUCUCUGACUGGUGUAUCAAUAACGACCUGCUAAUUUCUGUUGAUAAGUGUACGUCAAUGUCUUUCUUUAGAAUAGCUAGUCCGAUAAGGUAUAUCUAUAGCAUAUCAGGGACACAACUACCGCGGUGCAAUACGGUCAGGGAUUUAGGAGUCACCCUGGAUCGCAAACUAGAUUUCCGACAACAUUACUGUGAUAUUUUAGACAAAGCUAACAAAAUGCUAGGAUUUAUUCGUCGACAUUCGAGAGAACUCAAUGACCCACACUGCCUGUUAACUCUGUAUAAGUCCUAUGUUCGUUCCAUCCUCGAGUUUAGUUCUACAGUUUGGUGUCCAUUCUCUAGUGUUUGGUCCAAUAGAAUAGAAGCUGUCCAAAAGAGAGUUACUCGUAUUGUCCUACACUUCACUCCGUGGCGUAAUGUAACCCCUCGUCCAUCGUAUCAUACUCGUUGUUUGUUGUUUGGUCUGGACACACUUGCUAGGAGACGUGAUAAUGCCCAAUGUACGUUUUUGUCCAAACUUAUUGUCGGUGAGAUAGAUUCGCCAGAACUACUGGCUAGAGUCAACAUAAAUGUCCCUCCUAGAGUGUUCCGUAACUACAGACUAAUAAGAACUGACCUUACAAGACGUGCAUACAGCGAGAACGACCCAAUGACUGCGAUGGCCCGUAAAUUUAAUCAGCGUUACACUUCAUUUGACUGGCACCUACCUACUAGAUUUUGUUGAUCCGUUUUGUCAUUGUACACUGCGUUAGUUAUUUAAGUUUUAGUUUUAAUUCAGUGAUAAGGCCGCUUGUUUGGCCAAUCACUUAAUACAAUAAACAAUACAAUACAACAAUACAAUGUAUGUGUCAAAUUAGUACAAUUUGUUGUCAAAUUAAGAAAACUGCGUAUGACUGCAUCCUUGUAUAAGAGGUAGCGCGUUUCUCGGGGACUGCCUGUAUUGUGGAGAUGAGUGUUCAUUUUUGCUACUUGGGUGCCCAAAAAGUUGUAACUAACGCGGGUAUGCGUUUGUUUUCUCGCGCUAAUGGACUGUCGUCGAUUCUAGCAACCGUUCUUGCUCACCGACUGUCAUGCGGCGUCAGGCACGCAGCUCCCACGUAGAACAUUCCGCGUCAUUGCUGCAAGCGAUCGAAACCAGGUGCGAUGUGUGGUGCGAUUCAGUGUUAAAAUAAACAUCAGCCAAAAGUGUUGAGGACAGCACAUUAAUUGCUUGUGGCCGUAAUCGAACUCUCGUUGUUCGGCUCAGCAAUGUUCUGCUGGUGCAGCUUCGUCUACGUCCUGUUCUUUCUGGGCUCAUUCUUGGCAAUCGGCCUGCUGACGGUGUGUUUGCUGUUGCGACAGCUCAUAAAAUUCCAACGCCGGAAGCGGACCGAUCCGUCCGUCAAGCAUGUAGCAUUCUUCCACCCGUACUGCAAUGCGGGCGGUGGCGGCGAACGGGUCCUGUGGUGCGCCAUCCGGGCGCUGCUGACGCGGUACGAAAACAUCAAACUGUUCGUCUACACCGGCGACACGGAUGCGAAGCCGGCCGACAUACUAGCCAAGGCGGAGCGUAGCUUCAACCUCAAGCUGGCGGCGGAUCGCAUCACCUUCGUGUACCUCAGCAAGCGCUGCUGGGUGGAAGCGUCCAAAUACCCGCACUUCACACUGCUCGGGCAAAGCUUGGGCUCGAUUGUGCUCGCGUUUGAGGCGCUGCUCAAGCUGCAGCCGGACGUGUUCAUUGACACGAUGGGGUACGCGUUUACGUAUCCCGUGUUUAGCUACUUCGGUGGGUGCAAGAUUGGCUGCUACACUCACUAUCCCACCAUCAGCACCGACAUGCUGCGGCGCGUCCAGUCGCAGACGCAAUCGUUCAACAAUCGAGGCUAUGUGGCGAAGAACCCGUUUGCCACGUGGCUGAAGAUCGUGUACUAUCGGCUGUUUUCGCGCAUUUACGGCUGGGUCGGGCGGUGCGCCGACACGGUGAUGGUGAACUCGUCCUGGACCGAGAACCACAUCAUCUCGCUGUGGGAUGUGCCGUACAAGACGCACCGCGUCUAUCCGCCGUGCGAGGUGUCGCAGCUGAAGCGGCUAGAAUCGCUGACGGACGAGCGGGACGAGCAGAUCAUCAUCCUGUCCGUCGGCCAGUACCGGCCGGAGAAGGACCAUCCGCUGCAGCUGCAGGCAAUGUACGAGCUGCGCACGCUGCUGAACAAUGACGAGGCGCUGUGGAACCGGCUGAAGCUGCUGAUCGUCGGCUCGUGCCGGGACGAGGAGGACCGGGUGCGGGUGAAAAACAUGCAGGAUCUGGCGAAGCAUCUGUCGCUGGAAAACGCGGUCGAGUUCCGGGUGAACGUGCCGUACCGGGAGCUGCUCGAGUGCUACCAGCGGGCCACGAUCGGGCUGCACUGCAUGUGGAACGAGCACUUCGGCAUCAGCGUGGUGGACUGUAUGGCGGCCGGGCUGAUCAUGGUCGCGAACCGCUCCGGCGGACCGCUGAUGGACAUUGUCGAAACGUCCGAGGGCAGCCAGAACGGCUACCUGGCGUUCGAUGCGUACGAUUAUGCGCGCUGCAUCGCCAACAUACUGUACAACACGCCGGAGUACAAUGCGCGCAUCCGGGAGGCGGCCCGCGCCUCGGUCGAACGGUUUUCCGAGAAGGAGUUCGAGAACGGAUUUCUGCGUGCGAUUUCACCAAUCAUGGAUUGAAGCUUCGCACAGCACCGUUGUACCCCAAAGCUCAAGAACCUCUGUAUACACAACGAAGGACUUUCGGAGUUAGCUUUAAUUGCUCUGUUGCAUCGUUUCUUCAUCUACAUUGUAAAAAUGUUAGCAGCAAUGAGAUCGGCCAGCGUACAUGUGGUGAGCGAAAGUAAUAUCUAUGUGCAAUCAAUUUUGGCGACCGCGCACAAUCUUGUUUUUUGAAUUUAUUUGAUUUAUAUUGUUCUUUAAUCGUGCAAAAGAUGUGAUAUGUAGUAUAUUUUGGAAGUACUGGUAUAAUUUCAGCGUUACAAUAUUCAGAUUAGUCCUUCGAAAUGUCAGCGAAAGCCUUAAGCUUAUAAUAUUUGAUGAUUUUUGUGGAGGCUCGAAAUAUGAUAGAUCCGGACACACGAAAUUAAGCUUAACAUUGAAGCUAUAUGGUCAGACCUUGAAGUAUUUUUGUGGAUUUUUGAAGGACAAGCCGAGUCCCUUCUGGCAGCAUUGGUUAACGAUUUUUCGAUAAAUACCUACCUGCAUUUUGAGCAGGGUAAGAUGUUCAAGCAGUUAUUACUGCAAUAACUUUCCUUCUUCCAUCAUUCUGUUCUCUCAGUUCUGUUCAAGGUUAUUUUUAACCUUUCGUUUCGUUUACAUUAUGCAGCCCUUUGCCUACCCGUGAACCCAUGUACUCUAUGGGUAGUGAGCGUACAAUUCGAAUUACAAUUCGAAUGAAAAUAAUUCAUGUUUUUUUAUGUGUGCGUUUGUAACCAGCACUGAAGCGUUGUGAUUAUUUACGAUCGUUGACCAUAAUUUUUGGUAUGGGAUAUUCCACUCCUUUACACUCGAUAGUGUGUUUCCCAUCGCUUUUUUCUACGAUGUUCAAGGCAAUACUUCGUUCCUUGAUGUCUACGUAAUGAGAAAUGAACAAUGUGUUCGUAGCUAUGUGUAGCUUUGUUCAGUAGGGUUCUAAGUUUUAGUACUAUUUGUAUGGGGAGCCACUGAACCACUGUCUCCACAUCAAUGAUAGAACAUUCGAAGACAUAUGCUCUUCGUGCUCAAGGCUAUGUUUUUCGAGAAUAUUUAUUACAUUCACCUGAACAUGUUAAUGGACAUGGCGAUGUGCCUAAACGUAAAAAUCCUUUUGUUUUUUUUAAUUCUUUCUACAUCCAUUUAAAAGUGAUAUACCAUGCUCAUUUCUAGAAUAGUAUCCGUACUAAAUCCUUCAUCAUUAAGGUUUAGGAUGUACCGCUGUAAACGUUCUUUAUCGCUUGUGUCAUUUAUUUAUCUGAUUUUUAACAGCAGUUUAUUUGUCCGUUUUUUCCGUUCCGUAGAAGUAUUCUAAUCGCUUUUCACCAUUGGUGUCGCCAGAGAUAUAUUUUUUCUGUUCUCUUGCUGUUGAUGAUUCGUUCACUAGUUAUCUUGUGUCGAACGCAUUGUGUUUUAUUUAUUGAAAGUCUUUCAAUUCAUGAACCUCUUUCUUCAGCGCAAAUAUCUCACUAUGUUCUUCGUUACUGGAUUCUUGUUUUACGCUACAUGCAUUUACCUUCGCCCCCCUUGAGGGAUAGAGGAAUGGGUAAAAAGAUAAAUCAAAACUCUUUAAAUAAGGAGUCGAUAGAUUUAGUCGUUGUGAGUUAACCUAGUGCUGCAAUCAAGUGUGGAAUGAUUGUAACAUAUUUGACGGGUUUUAAAGACAUACUUAGAAUUAUUAUUAAUUAGGUUACUGGAUACCGGUAGCCCAACGCCUUUUAUAAUUCAAAACUUCUUGCUACAGGAAGCGGAAAUCGCGUAAAAGGCGUAAACCUUAUCACAUUAAACAUACUUAUAUUAAUAUUACUAGUUACGCGUGACUGCGUCUGAUUGGUGAAUGUAGUAGUUUUCGAAGUUUGAGCAAUUACGGUAUCCUGCCGGUACGCAUCGGAAGAGUAAGAAGUAAUUUGUCCGCUUCCAUAUGUACAAUACGUGCAGAUUGUAGCGUACAUUGCUUACUUAAAUAACAACACGUUCAAGUAGCGCGUUCAUCUCCCGAUCCAUGCAUUUCGAGAUUUAAGACAAAGCUUUUUUGUUGUACGACAUUCGAGUGUUUGAUGGGUUUUAAAGAGAUAUUUGGAAUUAUUAUUAAUAAGGUUACUGAUACAUGAUUUUUGUUCUUAACGAAAUUGGACAAAUUGGAACGUCUUGCGCUUUCGUUUGAAUAAUCAGGCUCUGAUACUCGGUACAAUGUUUACCUCGACCCAUUGUUCCACUGCAUGCCCUCUUAAGCAUUCCUUUUGUCUCAUUGCAUUCUCAACCGCCGUAAAUCCACAAACUGUAGUGGAAUCUUUACAAGAUCUGAUAAACAGACCAUUAUUGACCAUGCCUCCAGGCUCUGAUACUCGGUACAAUGUUUACCUCGACCCAUUGUUUCACGUAGCGACUAACGCGCACAUCCUGGUUUGCCAAAUAACACUUAACUGUUCGCGAUGUGUGCUUUGAGUCGUUAUCAUGCUGAAAGAUGUAAUGCUCUUCGCUUCCGAAUGUUUCUCGAGCGUAUGGCAACAUCUUACGACUAAUUCUGUGUUUCUGUACUAAGAAUUAUUACUAAUUAGGUUAUUGGACACCGGUUGGUUUUCGAAGUUUGAGCAAUCAAGGUAACCUGCCUCCUGCCGGUACGCAUCGGAAGAGUAAGAAAUCUCCUCUGAUACUCGGUACAAUGUUUACCUCGACCUAUUGUUUCAUGUAGCGACUAUUUCUCUCCGGUUAG